ACAAGGAACUUGAUCGGCUGGAUUUGAUUCCGGAAUUGAACUCUUGGCUUGACAAGGAACCUAAACCCCUCAAGCCUGCAACUUGUCUUAUCACUGGACAGCCAGCUAUUUACAGAGAUCCUAGUACAAUGGUACCAUUUUCGAAUAAGGAGACGUUUGGAGUUAUCCGGGCCUGUGAGAACCAUGAGAUGCGUUGGUCACCCAAUCUAGGAGUCUAUCUAGGUCGUUUGACUGGUGCUACAGGUGUGCCGGAUGGAUGGGAUCAAAUGAUAGCUGGAAAGGCGAUGGGGGAACCUGACUGGGUUAAUAAGAAUGGUAAUCCUGCCCGUCCUUCUUGGAUGAGGGCAUACGGUGAACCAUGCCCCAAAAAAUCUUUGGAAACCAAACGAACUAUGGACACAAAACGACAUGCGGGCAGCCCUGGACCGAGUACAGUAUUACUUGAAGACCUGUAUAAACACGAGAAUACUGAUCCAACAUUCUUGGGCUCGCUCACCAAUUGCGACGGAUCAGUAAAAGACACAACUGGAAGCUGUAUAGAAAAUUCUCCUGACUCCAAGAAAUUGUCAAUUUCGGUAGCAACUAUGACCUUUUUUUUGCGGCACGGACUGUUCAAUCAGCAUGAAGCAUUUAAAAAAAAAGUUUGA